AUGGUUUCUUCUUCUUUGCGUAUCAAGAGUUCUACGGCGCUGCAGGGUUUGAAGACAGCAAGAAAAGUCUUGAAGAACUCUAUCCUCAAGCCCUCGCACUCUACAACAUUGUUUACGAUUAGCAAUUCAGACAGGUGUUUCAACAUCGUUUGUGUGGAAGGUUGCAAGACCGGUCCUGUGCAGACUCUACCUUAA